AUCAUCGUGCCAGAAUCCCGCAUUUCCCCCACAACGCAACAAUGGGCGCUGAGAACUCGAAACCGUCGUCCGAGAUCAAGCAGCAUGUCUUCUCAGCCGAUCACCCUGUCAGCUUCUCCAAUGAAUUGGUAGGCUCGCUGCAGAAGAACACUUUUACAGACUCGGCACGAUCACGACAGCAAGAACUCCAAUUCCAGGAACGCCUGACGGCUGAGCUGGAGAAACUCCGCGAACAAGAGACCCAAAACUUCACAAAAUUCACAGAGACCCUCUCCGACGAGACCGCACAACCGGAACAGCCCUCCCUUGUCGAGAAGAUUCAAGAUGCCACAUCCAGCAGCUCAACCCUCGCGGAGAAGCAAAGGCAAAAGGACAUGAGCAGAGACAGCGUCACCAAAGAAAUUGAGAACCUCAAGGCAAAGCUGGAACAGAGGAAGAAGCUGGAGCAGGCCGAUGCAAACGUCACAAAGGCAAAGGAAGCCGUUGUCGCGUGUCUGCGCACUCACGACCGACGACCACUGGACUGCUGGAAAGAGGUCGAGACUUUCAAGCAGGAGGUCGGACGGCUAGAGAAAGAAUUUGUGCAGAAGACGAUUCGAUGAGCUAUAUUACAGAGUCAAGUCUACAAGGUUUGGCGGGGCUUAUGUACGAAUACGGUGGAUAUGAUUCAGUGUGACCAAGCAGGACUUUCUUCAUAUCAAACCUCUUCAUCCCAA